AUGGACCCAAUGGAAUUGUCAGCGGCGUUAGAAGACACUAGUCCGUUUGGUGGUAAUAAUGAGGAUCGUUCACAGCUAGAGAGCGACCCUUACUCUACUAACUUUGGCACCUCAUUCGAUACCUUGCCCACGAUGCCCUCUUCGGAUCCCCCCUCUUCGGUCUCGAAUAACAAGCCUGGAUUUAAGUACAAAUAUCCGGAAGCUGCACCAACCCCUCCAGGAGAGGAUGAUACAGAGUGGAACAAGGUUUACACUGCUGCCGACUCACGGUUCUACAAUCGAAAUGGAAAGAGUGCCGACAAGUCGAGGAAGUUCCGGCAGUCUGGGGAGACAUACGACCUGGCUCUUGUCAUGAUGGCUGAAAAGAAGGAGAAGUUGAGGGCUGGAGGCACGAACAAGACAGCGAAGGCAAAGGCCGCCCCGAAGAAGUUACCGGCAGCAAUCAAAACAGAGGCCUCGAAUAGCUCUAGGGAUGGAACACCCUGGGUUGACCGGGUGCCCAUGAGUAUCUCGGAACAAAUUAAAAGUGAGGGUCGUGCUAGAAAGGCGACAUCGGCAGCCCCUUCGUCGAAACAAGGCACACCCGUGCCAGUUCCUAUGAAUGGUGUGAAGAUGGGAUCCCCUCCACCGAAGAUAGAUAAGCCACCUCCAAAGAAGAAAGGAACUGCUGCUCCAGUCAAAAAGCAGACAAAACCUAAGGGACCGGGUGAGCCUAUUGCUCUACAGCAUCUAUUACUUAUCGCUAACGUAGGUCAAACAGAUCGACCAAAUCCCAGACCAAGCAAUACCAACCACAGCUCAGCUGCAACGAGACCGCCAGCGUCCGAUUCUGAGAGUAAUGAUGGCGGGGAAUAUUGCAUUUGCCGUGGACCGGAUGAUCAUCGCAUGAUGGUUAAUUGUGAGGGUGGAUGUAAUGAGUGGUAUCAUUGCGAAUGCAUUAAUAUGGAUGUGGACGAUGCUAGAGAGCUCCUCGACAAAUAUAUCUGCGACCGAUGUAGAGAUGAAGAGACAUCCACAAUUUGGAGGCGCAUGUGUCGGUACAACAAUGUCGGUGUCCAUCUUGGAUGGAAACCUGACGACUGUUGUCGGAAAGCUGCUCGUGUGACCGACGAACCUCCAAGCAAAUAUUGCAGUGACGAACACCGUCUAGCGUUUCUGGAGUUCGUUCGAGACGUCAAGGUACGCCAGAGUGACCUCCCAUCAAUGGGAGGUCAAUUGAAUGUGCAUGAAGUUUGUAGUAUAUUAGAACAGGUCAAAGACAAUGCCGAGUUGCAAGCACUUGGAUCAAAACCUCGACUCCCAGUUCCUGAGGGACAUGACCCAGAGCGGCCUCUCGGACUUGAUUAUCUCACACCAGAGGAAGAGGAAGCAUUACAGAACAUUGAGGCUAAGAAAAUAGUGAUUCAAAAACGAAUUGAGAGCUACAGUCUCCAAUUCCAACUUGUAAAAAUGGUAACGGAUCGUCGUCCGACCGCUAUAAACCACCCCGAAGUCAAAGAAAAAAAUCCAUGCGGUUACGACAAUCGUCUCGCCUUAAACGAACACGAAUUUGCAUACUGGAUGGCCACGCAAGAAGGUCGAUCCGCCUUUGAAACAGGCAAACUCGGUCCAAGAACAGAAGAAACAUUAUCCCUCAGCACCCGCCAAUAUUCUCCCGAACAUCAACAACCUCCACCGCCCGUCUCUGAGACUUUCAACAGCGUGUGUCUCAUCAGCACGAAAAAGUGCAGUCGGCAUCGGAAUUGGCAUAAAGUCCAUCCGGAUGAUUGUAGACAUAUGACGAUUGUUCUUAAGAAGGAGCUCGAGAAGUUAAGAGUGCAGGCUAGUGAGAUUAUCGAGGAUGCGGAGAUGAGGGAGGCGAGUAAGGAGUACUAUGCUCAUAAUACUGUCGAGCAGUUGUUUUAA